UCCGGCUGCUUCCAGGAGGAGGAGGAGGUGGUCCCGCUCAAGAAAGAGAAGACACAUUUCACUGUGCGGCUGACAGAGCUGAAACCCGCGGACAAGGUGAAGCUGAUCAAGGAGGUGAAGAACUUCGUGCCAGGAGUAAACCUCGUGCAGGCGAAGAAGCUGGUGGAGUCCCUUCCGCAGGAGAUCAAGGCAAACGCCUCCAAGGAGGAAGCAGAGAAGAUCAAAGCGGCGCUGGAGGCGGCAGGAGGGACUGUUGUUUUGGAGUAGUCUCACCAUG